UGCAAAUUUUGUUACUUUGAGUUUUACCGCAGCACCGAUCCCACUGUGGAAAACCGGGGUUUUAGAAUGAAUGUCUUGAGAUAUUUUUCGAGUCUCAACAGCUCCAGGUUUUUAGUGAAGCCAUCAUCUUUUACAGUGGCACCAAGGUGCUUUUCUACCAGCUUUACAUUGCUGCCAGAUAUUGAAUUUGAAGAAUUGAAGCAGAGGGUUGAAAAAAAUGACAUAACAGUGAUUGAUGUGCGAACACCCAAGGAGUUAAACCAGAUUGGAAUGAUUCCAAAUUCCAAAAAUAUGAAAGUGCAGUCCUUUGGACCAGAUAUCUUAUUACAAGAUGACAAAUUUGCAGAAAAAUUUGGAUUCAAGAAGCCGGCUUUGGAUGAACCUAUUGCAGUUAUUUGUCUUGCUGGUAUUCGUGCAAGAACAGCACAGUUGGCCAUGAUGGCAGUUGGUUACAGUAAUGUUAGGUUUUAUGUUGGUUCAAUGGAAGAUUGGUUGGAGAAGAAAGGUCCUGUUGUAUUUUAGCCAUCAGUCUCAAGUUGAGGUUGCAGAUCAGGAUGGUUAUCCCACUUUCCCAAACAAAAGAGAUACGAUGAUGAAAUGGGACUUAGUUUUAUUAAAGAAUUUUGAGUUUUAAUAAUAAAUGAGUAAAGUUUAUGUAUAA